AUGGGAACCAAAGGAAUAUGUAUCCUAGUUGUGAAUGAUGAUAUUACAUGCAAGAACAUUGUGUCUGAGAUGCUCCAACACUGCAAUUUUCAAGUAUUGCAUAUUGGAGGUGUAUUGGAUGUUGUAAAUGCAAUAUGGGAGGCAAAACAAACACUUGACCUUGUCCUAACAAAUGCUCACAAGUUAGAAUCAAAUGAUGGCUCUGUAAUUGUGCAACACAUUCAGAAGAAACUCAAUCUUCCAAUCAUAUUGAUGUGUUCCGAUAAGAAGAAGAUAGCGCCGAAAGGCGGCCAACAGCUUAGUUUCGCUGCGUACGAUUUAAAGGAAGAUGAAGAAAAUGUCGAAACGAACAAGACUUGUUCGCCUAUCGAUGAAGCAGUGAAAAAACGGAUAAACGAGAAAGAUGAUGUCAGCGAAGAUGAAACCCCUGUCGCAAAGAAACCGAGGGUCGUUUGGACUAUUGAAAUGCAUCAAAAAUUCCUUGAAGCUAUUGAGUUUUUAGGAUAUGAGAAGGCGGUUCCGAAGAAAAUCGUCGAAGUUAUGGGUGUUCCGGGGCUUACUAGAGAGAAUGUUGCUAGCCAUUUACAGAAAUUUCGGGGCGGAAUGAAACGAGCUCAAGAAACGGCCCUCGGUUCACUUGCUGUAAGAAACGAAUUCAAGAGCUUAUGUGAUAAUAUGCAGUCGACUUCUUCAUCAAGCCUCGAUUAUUGGAAUACGGAUCUGAUCGAACCUAAUUUACAUCGAAGUUCGUAUAAUUUUUCUUCUAGCAGAAAAAAUUACACGUACCGAAUUGGAGUUGACAAUUUGCAGCAGCAAAACUACCGCCCUGAUAAGCUGCAUUUGUCUCGUAACUUCAGAAUAUACGGGGAUCAAAUGAGAAACGUGCUCCUAAGCGUAACCGCAGACGGUAUGGGCAAUAGUGAAAAUCGGUCUGGCGUUAGCAAAUUCGUCGGAUACAGAUUGGCUAGUGACGGAAACUCCAUCGAUUUCGGACAAAAACUCGAACGUUCGGACAACACCGCCGAAGAUGCUGUUCUGUUCAAGAAUAUUAUAUCCGAAAACGACGAUAAAGAUUCUUCGAACAUGCAGUCUACGAAUAACGAUAUUUUGGGCCAUAACGAACCGUUAAUAUUCCCAUGCGAACAAGAUUUUUCGACGAAUUCGACGGCAUUUUCGGAGGGAGGAAUUGUUACAGAACCAUAUCAUUGUUCUUCAUCGCCAUUGCCAGAGAUUCUACAUUGUUUUGAUGAUUUUGUUGAUCAAGGGGGGAUUAUUGAUGAUGAUCUGCUUACAGGAACAGAAGCCACGUGUCAUGAAUUUGAUUGGUCAGAAUUUGAUGAUGCCCUCUUUAAGAAUGAUGAUUAG